CGAUAAAAUGUUACAAGAAGAAACAGCAAAAUUGAUAUCAGAUACCAAGAUAUCAUACCACAAAAACUGGCUCAAAAUUUUCAUUUGAUCCCAGCAUGGAUGAUACCAGUUCUCUCCUUGAAGACUGCCAGCAUAUGGGUUCGAAACGUUCUUUGGCUGACACAAGUGUGACAUCCACGGCCGAUCUAUCAGUAUUCUCUACCAUAACGCGUUCACAAGCACAUGAAAACAGUCUCGACACGCACAGCAACGUGUCAGAUAACUCAGUAGGGGGGGCAAGUUCCGUAGGAUCGGGCAUAGUCACAUCAAGUGGUGCACAUAAACCCUUGUUUUCCACACAUUCCACUCCCCGAGCCACUCCUCAUAAUCCCAGUCCCGAUGUCUUACGAAUAUAUGUCCCUUAUUCACCUCUCGACACUCCCCUGGUCAGUCCCCAUAAUGGGGACGUGAAGGUUCCACCCAAUACAUUCCCAGAUAAUAAAAUACGAAUUAGGGUGGAUAAUGAUGAAUUGCUAACACCUCUUGUUGAACAUGGACAGAUCCGGUCGUUUAGAAUUGACAGCCCUGAAAUUGACUUAAAGUAAUGAAAAAUAGGAACGUAUCUUUCGUUAAUUGUUUUUGGUUAAAAGUAUUGACUCAGGGAAAGGAUUUUUGCAGAAUGUAUAAUGAGUUGAUUUUACAAGUAAUCAUAAUAAUUAAUUGAAAAGUAAGCGACUACUCUUUGGAUCGUGCAAAAAUGUAAUAAUAGAAGUUAAGAUUUUGGAAUUCAAAGUUAUAUUAACAUUUUGUUGUUGUUUAUCCUCCUAAAUUAAUCAGUUUAUUAACUUACAAAAUAUAACAGUACAUUCCAAUUUUAUAGUGAACAGUAUCCUAUAAUUUAAUUUCAUUGUUUUAGCAACUGGAAAGAAAUAAAAUCCCAGUUAUAUUUUAAAAAUUUUGAAAUUAUUAUUUCCCUGAGCAUGCCAAAUUUAGGUGUAGUAAUAAUGGACAUAACAAACUUACGUUAGUGUCUGCUCUGUUUCCAUAUACAUUUUAUUUAGUAUUAUAACAAACCGAUUCCUACCUAAUUUCUUCAUUCCAUUUUAUUGGUGCCAUAUAAUAUGUUCGCUUCAAGGAAUUGCAUUUUGUAUUGCAAAUACAUAGAUUUUUAAAAUUAUUUGGCAAUAUAGUAUAGUGGAUACCAGUAUAUAUUUUAUCUUUUGUAUUUAUUUACUACUUUUUAGAGUUUGUAAGAACACUGUUUUAUUUUUUACAUAUACAGUUAAAUUUACAGGUAGUAAGUAGGAGUCUUUUUACAAAUUAUAUUUUCAAGUUGAAUACUUGACAAUUGUUUACAACAUGGGACAGUCAGGCUGAGGAGGUGGGGAAUGGGUGGAACGGAUGGGGAUGACUUUAUACAGUAAUAAAAAGGUUUUUAGGUGUGGGUAAAGGGGUACAGCUGUUGCAUUAAUACAAUUGUACAAUUUGAACUCCAAGCAAACGUCACUCCAUAAGAAAUUUAACAAUGUUAGAUUAGGUCACAUUAGUUUUUGUUCCAAUAUUUGUUUUUUCAGUAGCCUCCACUCCUCCAAACAUUUUUUUAGUGUUAUACAAAAUUCAUCCCCUCCCCUUACAUCCAUUUUCUCCCCCUCCAACUGACGGUUCCAUAUUCCAUGUUGUAGACAAUUAUAGAAUACUGUAAUGGUGUGUAUCCCAAAGCUACUAGUCUUCAGUAUGAUUUUUUAAAUCAUUUCUAUUGUUGUUCAAGUGAUAAAUUAAGUCAAUGAAUAGUUUUUGUUGGUCUUCAAUAAUGUUAAUACUCAGUUGGAUAAAUAGAUUUAAAGCAAUUAAAAAAAUAAUGAAACAAAAAGGAAAACCGUCAAAUUUUAGAUAUAGUGUAAAUUAUGUAUAUUAACAGGUCAGUUGUUGUAAAUAACUAGGAUGUUAUUUUUAGAAUGUAGAGUUUAGAAGUAUUGUAAGUUGAUUUUUUUUACUUUACAAAAAAUUGAUAAUUAUGAUUAAUAUUUCAAAAUAUUGUAAUUUAAAAGGAUAUUAUUGUUCGUCAUUAUGAUACAGUACUAAAAUACAUAAAUAUGUCGUGAUAUUUGCAAUAAAGUAUAAAAUGUUCGAUAGAUAAUACAAAAUGAUUUAAAAAUUAUAUCUGCAAGUAAUUAACGACUUUUAUUAAUG